AUGUGUAGCAACGAAAGCCCAACGAAUCACCCGUCGCCGAGGUUGCCGAUGCCUUUUUCCUUCGAGGCGAACAAUCCAAGGGCCCUUCUUCCGUUAGACCAAUACCGACUUCAGCUUUACCAGUAUGCCGUCGCUGAACGACUCCGGUAUCCGCUACUGAACCCAUUCCCGUCACCGUUGACAUGUUAUCCGCUUUUCCCGAGAGCUUUGCAACCCGAAGAACCCAAGCCCCAGCACAGCUACAUAGGGCUGAUAGCGAUGGCCAUUCUCAGUUCGCCAGAGGCCAAACUAGUCCUGUCAGACAUCUACCAACACAUCCUGGACCAUUAUCCUUACUUCAGAACGAGAGGGCCCGGGUGGAGGAACUCGAUCAGGCACAACCUGUCCCUUAACGACUGCUUCAUCAAAGCCGGACGAAGCGCCAACGGCAAGGGACACUACUGGGCCAUUCAUCCGGCAAACGUGGAGGACUUCAGAAAAGGCGACUUCAGAAGACGCAAGGCCCAAAGGAAAGUGAGGAAACACAUGGGCUUAGCCGUGGACGAGGACGGUGCGGAUUCCCCAAGUCCUCCGCCGUUGUCGGUGAGUCCACCGGUGGUUCCUGGACCUUCUACUGCUGUCUAUCCGGUCCCGUCGAGUCGGGGGGCCCCACGAAAGCGACAAUUCGACGUAGCUUCACUGCUGGCACCGGACUCCGGGGAAGAGACUAACGAAGAAGACAUAGACGUGGUCUCCAGUGAUCAGCAGGAACAACCAGAAACAAAACAACAGUGGCCUAUGUUUCCGAUUGUCGAUUACUACCAAGCGUUGCUGCACGCCAGACCCGGCGGACAGUUAAAAACUGAAACCACUACUGACAGUACUGACUCGUAA